AUGUCACGUGAUUCAGAUGCAGCUUUUGUAGCUUCCCUCUCUCCUCCCCCCUCUCUCUCCCCUCUCUCUCUGCUCUCUCUCUCUCUCUCUCUCUCUCUCUCUCUCUCUCUCUCUCUCUCUCUCUUUACUGAUUUUUCUUUUGAAAUAUUUUUUGUGUCUUUUCAAACAGCAGAUGAUCGCCUUUUGGCCUUGACUAACUUCCAAGAUCACAAGAUAUAUAGACAGUUACCUCAGUCACAUCAACCUCUAUCUAUCUAUCUAUCUAUCUAUCUAUCUAUCUAUCUAUCUAUCUAUCUAUCUAUCUAUCGCAAUAGAUAUCUCACUUUCAUCAAUAUGUAUCUAUCUAUAGCAGUCUGUUCAUUACCAAUUUUUGUAGCUCACAAGAUAUAUAGACAGCUACUUCAAUCACAUCAAUAUCUAUCUAUCUAUCUGUCUAUCUGUCUAUCUAUCUAUCUAUCCCAGUUUUUUCUUUCUACUGUUUUUUUCUUUUUCCUCCUCUUUUUUGUUUCUUUGCUUAUCUUCUUUUGUCCUCUUUUCUAUUUUUUCUUCCUUUUCUUUAUUCUUAAUUUCAUCAUCACCCUUAUUUUUUUUUACUUUUCUAUCUCUUUGAGUGUUUAUUUUCGACAUAAUUCUUUCUUUCUCUUGAUUUCUUAUUUCCUUCCUUUUUCUUCUUUUCAAUGUUUUUUCCCCCCUUUUUUCUAUAUUUUUUUGUCUUUUUCCUUUCCCUCCUUACCGUGUUUUUCGCUCAUCAUCUUUUUUUCUUUUUCUUCUCUUUUUUUCUUUUUAAUUUUAUUUCUCAUUUUUCUUUUUACUUCUUCCUCAUUUGUCUGCCAUAAUUUUCUUUCUUCGCUUCAUAUUCUCUCUGUUGUUUCUUCAUUUUUGUCCCCUUCUUAUUCCCCUCUGUCCUUUCCUGUCCACCAUUUUGUCUUUCUCUCUCUCCUCUUCUUCUAUACUCUCGUAAAUGGGAUCUGA